AUGGCUGACAGUGGUUGACGCGCAGUGCGACCAAGUGCGACGAAACGAGUCAUAUACGUAGAAUAAGAAUAGUAUUCCGGUGUACAGCUAGUACAACAUAUUUUCACGCAAGAACCGCUUCUAAAUACACUGAUGGAAGUCUGAGCCCCUGUUUCCAGCCGAAGAAAACUUAUUUUUCGCUCGAGGAUCAAAGAACACGGAGACCAAGUUGCAGAGCCCCCCUCGAAACGACCGUUUCACCAUUAAUUAUCAGUCCUCGAGGGUUGCAACAUUGAUGAUGUCGACUAAAAACAAUUUCAAGCCCCAGACCAGGUCUCAUCAAUGUUGCAGUCCCCUCCCACUGUUGACCGUCGUCGUUGGUUGUCGUCUAAUUUGGUUCGUAAUAAUUACCGUCCCCAUUAAACAUUCGCGGACUGGAUGAACGUGUCAGCUGUCGUUUGUCCCAGAGACAUUAGAAACACGUAGCCGACUUCUGUCUGGUCUGGUGCCGCAGGUGGAACGUUCUUAUUGCGUACGCGAAGACCAUAAGUGCGGAUAGCUUAUUAGUUGCACAUAGGGACGAAACUUCGCGAUGAAACUCUGCGGAAAAGUCUGGUGAAUUAAUGUGUUUCCUGAAUUCGAUAAAAGAGAAGGUUCUUUCGGAUGGUUCGUUGCUCGGAGAUAAAGAAGUUUCGAGAGUACACUCGUACAUACGGACACGCGCACACAUAAUCUGAUGCUCGGUGGCACGUGUUCGUUACCGGCCGUCGAUCACCGAAAAGCGGUGCCAUUUGUGCAAAGGCCUACACAAUUGCCUCGCACAAAGAUCCAGCUAUAGGAUUUCAAGGAUUUCAAGCAAUCGAAGCUACGGGAACCAUCUCUAUUAAUAAAAACACCGCAAUCGCAAGAGCCACCAAUUCCCGGAAACUUCCACAAACGAGACCAGCUGGAACAAUUUUUGCUGAUCCGAAUCUUCGUCGGUCAUGCAAGAUACGAGGAGCGACCUAUUAUAACGGCAGAUCGAAGAUUAGGGUCGUGAUACGACCGGAGGGUGGAGGAGGGGGUGCGAGCAAUUGUUCUUCGUUGGUUCCGACUGACAUUCUCGGAUUGGCCAGACCGUCUGGCUUCCUUGACCACUCGAAACGUGUGUUGACUACUCACCCCUAACGACUCAGGGGCGGAACGAUCGUUCUGCUCGUCCCUGCGCACGCGUCGAGGGGCGGGAAUCACCCUGCUCGGGGACGAAUUGGAAAUUCUUCCGGAGGAACGGUAUGCAGAAGGUACCACGUGACGUCAGACGUCAACAGGGUGGACUGGAACUUCGAGUCUGGAAGUUUGGAACCAGUUGGUUUCGAAGAAGCGUCGAGGAUCUCGAAGACAUAGAUACUUCCGGUGAUAACUGGAGAAACUUGUGAAACAUCUCGUUCACCUUGAAAGUGGCAGGGUAACGCGCUGAAUUCAAUUUUCAGUUAAUCAUCUUUCUAAAUGUACAAGAUAUAUUUUCAUUGAGUAUGAAUUUUAAUAAUUCUCUAUGAUAAAUGAACUCGUGGGUGUAUAAUAACAAAAAUCGCGUCGAAUUAAAUUUCUCGAUAAUUAUAUUCGUGAAUCAUACUCGUUGAACUAUUUUUAAAGAAGCAACUUUGAGUACGACUUUUAAUAAUUCUGUAUAGUAAAAGAAUUUGUGAGUGUAUAAUAACGAGAGUCAAUGUUUGCUAGUUCCAACACAAGUGUUAUUACGUACAAUAUCGUAUGCGUUACUAUACAAGUAUCAUUUAUAAAGCUAUCAGUCACAUAUUUCUAUACAUUCAAUUUUUGUAAAUCUGGAAUUUUUAUUACUAAAAAUUCGAUUAAAUUCGAUUUAGGUAGCAAAAUUCGCGUGGCCUGAGAAACAUUGAUCGUUAACAGCAAGGUUCGUCUCGACCUGGACCAGGAGGAUCGAUAAGGCGAUGACGUCGAAGAGGAAACGUCCUCAGCGCGACGAAGAAUGUAUUUUUUAUUUCAAAUUGAUUGGUAAUUAGUACACUCGAGGUACACUCCAUAGGACAAAUGGAACCCUGCAGGAGUUUUCCUGUGCGUCUCAUCGACUGUUACGUUCGGUUCAUAAUUUCUGCGUGUUCGAUGCGUUGAUAAGAGAACAGAGUAAUCCGAUAUUGACUUCACGUGACUCGAUCAGUGUCCACGAGUUUCGCAAGGAUUUCUCGAAGGAAUGAGCUCCCACGCGCAUGCAAGGACGAUUUGUACCGGAAGCACAGUGUCCGGCGCAUUCUCUGCGUUGCACCUAUUGAGGAGUUACAACCUCUUCGGACCCACCUCAGACUUGUACAGAUACGAGGCAUGCAACUCUAGAGACCACGGCUUCGGGGAUCGUGACGUUCUAAAUUCUAAUACACCGGACACCACGAUCGGUCGUACGCCAUCACCAUUGACACCAUCGUCGCUGACAGCAACGUUUACACUUCCGGGAUCCUUGCUCCAGCCUCCAUUUUUAUCGACUGUGCCACCCUUAAUGCAACCCCUGAGCGUGCCUCAACCAUUCUCGAACGUAAAUACGAGCAUGGUAACUCGUCACCUUCUGGGCUCGAACGGGAUCACGAACGUGCAGCGACGUCCUAGAAGCGAGAAAAAGCCAAUUCCUGACAAUCAGAAGGACGAGAAAUAUUACGAGAGACGUAAACGCAACAAUCAGGCCGCGAAGAAGUCCAGGGAUGCUCGGAAAAUUCGAGAGGACCACAUAGCGCUACGAGCGACUAUGUUGGAGCACGAGAACGCAAUUUUGAGGGCGCAGAUAAUAACACUUAGAGAGGAAGCGCAAUCUCUUCGACAUAUGUUAAUUAAACAACAAAGGCCGGCGUUGCAGACCAUUCAGAAUUCAUUCUCGUCGAUAACCCCUAUUAAAUUAUCGCCGGCACAGUCUACGCCAAUUUUGGAUUGUCAAAUUUGAAAUGAGCGUUAUAAAAAAAAAAAAAAUCAUAAUAAUGGAAAUUAGUAAUUAAAGUGGUUGGUCAGACACGUUUCUACUAGUCCAGAGUGUUACGAUAACGGUUUCCAAGUUUUAUUUAUUUAUUUGCUCGACAAUGGUCUGUUUCACGAUCAAACAGAUAUUCGGUGGUUGUCGGUAAUUUAUUGUUUAGAAGAAAAUUUUUCUAACACUUUUAUAGGACAAAUAUUGACAAACAUGUCUAAGAAUAUAUAUGAUUAUUAUUGAAUUCAGUGUCAUCAAUGAAAUCAGUAUAAAACUAACAUAAAUGUACUAAAGAAUACGUCGUAAAUUUGGAGGCACGUGGCUGUAGAUAUUUCACGCUAGAAUUUUAUUUCCCUAAAUUAUAUAGCGAAAUUAGUGUAAAUAGCGAACGAUGUAUCAUUUUGUAACUAUUGGUAAAUAAAAAUCUACGCAUCGUACAAAAUAGUCUCAGUGUU